UUGCCAAGACUUCAACGUCAGGGAUCCCCCAUACGAGACAGGGAUCACGGUCUCUCGCUUUCGACGAAGCUAAACAUUCAUUCAAGCUUCCGUUCUACACCUCACAUAUCAAACACUCGCCUGCCAUGGCCGAAAUCAACCAAAAACGGUCUCUCGAAGUCGAAGAUUCAGGCACGCUUACGCGUAAAAAACCAAAACUAUCCGAUCUUCCUCUUACACAAGCUCAACGGUCCGCAAUCGACAGUCUGGUCGACACGUUUCGCAAGAAGGGCGAAUACGAUGCUAUUAAAAGUUUGGUUCGAACUGAACACGAGUCCGAUGCCGCCAAGGUCGCAUUAUCAUCUUCAUAUGAAGAGCUGGUCGCCCGCGAAACGGACCGCAACCCGACGCUACUUUCGAAGCCACCCAAACUAGCAGCGACACUGAUUCUGGGUGCUGGCGAGCGGAGCGAUAUCUACGGACCCGUUCGUUCUUCCCUUGCCGAAUUGAUCAACAAAUACGUCGAUACACAAGGUUCUGCUAAAAUGCGGGAAUAUCGGGUGAAUGCUGUUGGAGCGGAGACUGCAGCAGAAGAAGAACAGCGCGGAAGUAAGAGUGAGGAAGACUGGGCGCGUGAAGCGGAUGCUCGCCGCGAAGAGCGAGCCGCCAUACGAGAAAAGGAGUUGGAGAAGGAGCGCGAACGCGAGAGGGAAGAGAAGGCGAGGAGGGACGAGGAGCACCGUCGCCAAAGGGAGGCGAAAGAGGCUCGUGAAAAGGAAAGACAGGAACGUGAGGAAAGAAGACUUAGGGAUCGGGAAGAACGCGAUCGGGAAGAGGAAGAGCGUCGUCGUCUAAAGCGCGAGCGUCAAGAAAAGGAGAGGGCCGAGGAGAAAAAGAGGAAGGAAGAAGAAGAAGCGGAGCGCCAGGCACGUCUGAAGAGGAUACGUGAAGAGGAUCGUGAACGGGAGAAACGACUCGCAAUCGAGGAACAACUUGAGCGCGAACGCCACCGCGAACGUCGUCGUGAUAGCCGCGCUCACAGCACCCGACGCCACAGCAGGAGUAGGGAACGCCGCAGAGACCGGGACCGGGAUAGAGAUCAUGGAGCGUUCAGCAGACGCGACAGCCGGACAAGGUCACCCGAACCAGUCAAGAAGGUUGAAGACGAUGACAUUAAGGUGGAUGAUGAUUUGGCUCUCCAAGCCCUUCUCCAGGAGAGUGAAGAGAUGAAAAGAUCUCGACGCAGACCUGCUUUGACUCGUUCAGGAUCAUUGGAGCCUCCAUCCCGUAAAGCGCAGCCACCUAAAUCUCUUGUUCCCCGUAACCCUGCGUCUGCAACUCGGUCUGUUGCGCCAGAAACCAAGGCAUCUGAGUCCGACGACCAAGACACGCCCAUGGAGGAUGCGCCGCCUCUCACACCCACUGAAACAGCUCCUAAAUCGAGAUGGGACCAGCUACCUUCCUCGAAGAGCAUCGAAAGACACAGAGACCGCUCCCGCUCACGGUCUCAAAGCGUUGAACGCAGCGCGAGCCUCCGGAAACACAGUCGAAGCCGAUCACGCGGAAGCCGCUUGGACAGAGAUGAUCGCCGCUACCGACGUGGAGAUGACAGAGGAUCCUAUCGCCCUCGAGAUGACCGCGACGACAGGUCCUCCCGUCAUCACACUCGGAGAUCGCGCAGUCGGUCUCGAGAAGCAACGUCGCGCCGCAAAUCUCGCGUCAGUACACGCAGUCCAUCUGCUGACCGUACGCGUAACGAACGCCGCCGGUCUCGCUCCCCCAACCGGUCCCGCGAGCGGGAUGAUCGCCGUCGUCGUGACCACUCACCUCCGCCCAGGCGACGAGACCGCGACCGCAGGUCCAGGAGCCGCGACCAAGAGCGUAUCGAUAGGUACGUCCCUGGUGGCGGUGGCCGCAAACGCGCCGACAGCCGCGAUCGUGGUGGACGGAGCUCUCAUCAUCGAGCGAGGGACUACGAUCGCUGGGAUGGAGAUAGGCACGGGCGGACAAGGCUGCAGGAUUCAGAUCGGUAUCUCCCGGGACGUAAUUCGAAAGAUAGUGACGGUGAUAGAGAUAGGGGUGGUGGUGGCAAAGAUCGGGAACGAGAGCGGAGCAGAGAUCGAGACCGCGAUCGAAGGAGGCGUGAUCGCUCGAGGAGCAAGAGCCGUGAUCGUCGACGAUAGUCUCCCGCAGCUGAUUAAGUCUUAUAUUUUAGUCUUGAUCAAGCAUCUGUCUUUUACGGUGCCUUGUAACAUGUGAUAUAAAUGUUCAUAUGUAAUAUUCCCUCAACACGUAUACUUGAGUAUUCUACUAAUCGAUUUUAUACCCAUGGCGUGAACUUUGUGGCUGAUCAGCGUCCGGCCACACGAUUCUAAUUAAACCUAUAUAGAUACAUGUACAUAUAUGAUGAAGCGAUCCUCUACCGUAUAUCUUCUCUAAAAUACCCGGCUGUUCAACACUCAUCCAUUCAAUAGCUCAGGCAUAGCACAUACUCAAUGUGCCAUCUAUCAUCUCACAAUACAUUGUCACUGAUACCUUGGUGGGUCCUCUUUUGGAAUUUUCUUUUGGUGAUAUGACCGUCGGUAUUGAGUGGUAGGCAUAAACCAGUCUCCCUAGUAGAUGACAAUCCAUGUUGUGCAAGUUUGCCGAGCAAAAGACAUGUUGAAGUCUUAGGCGUGUCUUGCUUUCAAAAAAGUUGGUGUGGAGGUAUUUGUGCUGUGGAUUAAGCUGAGUGUUUGCUCGGGUACAGUUUGCUCAGCUACGAUACGUGUUAUCUUUAUUUCGCAAUAAUUGUGGGGGAAUUAUGAAUGUCAAAUAUCACUGCUUGUUUCUAUCGAUGCGCAUGGCAAUGAAAAUUGCGUGCCAGUGAAUGUGGUCAGGCAGGAACAUGAAGAAGCGAAGCGGACUAUGCAACCUCAUAGUGCUUUUGGUGAUAUAUUCGUCUGUGAAAUUUAUAUCAUUGCCAUCCUAUUCUUCUUCUGAAGUGAUGAUGCCAUUGAGGACCUCAAUAUCAACGUAGGCCUCACUCACUGCCAAUGUCACUAGAUGUACUACUUUCAUCUCCAUCCUCAUUCGAGUCUUCUCCCCAAGUACCAAGGUCAUCGGAGAAAUGUAUGUUGCUGUCACUAGACGUACUGCUUUCAUGCCCAUCGUUUUCGCCGCUCUCUUCGUCCGUGAUGUCAGAUUCCAUCUCAUCGUCGCUCACAGCACCGUAAUACCUCCGGUUGAACCUACUUUUGGUCAAUGGCGGUAAGCGUUGUAUCACGAUGUGCUCCUCCGCGCGGUGCAAUAUUUCGAUCAAUGCCUCGACCGGAGCCUCGAAAUGUGUUAUCUUAUUCCGCCCCAAGGGAAAAGUGCUCGAGUGUGUUUUCGAAUCGCGACAGAGAGGUUGAAAGAGCUGAGUAGUUCAACAUU